CAACACCACUCAGUCAAGUCUCACUUCACCAACCCCAAUACCAUAAUUCCAUCAAGAACCCCGAACGACGAUGCCGUCCACCGACAUUACAUUCACAACCCUCCCCAGAUCCCACUCGGAUCCCUCCAAGUUCCACCGCCUUACGACCCUCUACAAGUCCUUCCGUCUCCUCUCCCUCCGCCUCUCCCCGGAAUCCUUCGGCUCGUCCUACGCCCGCGAAGUCGCCUUCCCCUGGGACACAUGGACGUCGCGUCUCUCCAAUCCGCUGGCCACGACCAUCGUCGCCUACAAAUCCACAUCGUCCUUCGACCCAGCCCCGGAAAUCGAACCCGCUCCGGCCGGCGUCCCAGCGACCCCAGACAACGUCAACCUCGACGCGGCUCUCAGCGCGGAAUGGCUCGCCUCCCUAACGAUAAUAGGCCCCCUGGACACCGCGGCCCUCGCGACGUCCCUCCACCUGGACCCCGACCUCGUCGACCUCGGCUCGUCGCAGGAGACGGGCACAGAGACAGACACGGAGACGCCGACGAGGCAGCAGCACAUCCUCAACGGCAUGUACGUCGUCCCCUCCGCGCGGGGCGAGAAGCUGGGCAUCCGGAUCCUGGAGCACGUCAAGGACCUGGUCGCCUCCGAGGCGAGAUCGCAGGGCCGGGGGGCGCGCAUCUCGCUGAUCGUCGACUACGACAACGCGGCGGCGAGGAAGACGUAUGAGAGGUGCGGAUUCGAGGUCGUGCACCGGUAUUGGUUUGGCGACUAUCGUGAGGGCAGGGGGGCGAGGACGGAGGCGGCGGUCAUGGUGCUUGAUAUUGGCUGUGAGGUUAAACGGCAUGUCACGGACAACUUGACCUGAGGUCAGAUGGCAAAAGGUUUUUUAUCAAUCAGUCAAACGGUGGGAAGCAAGGAUUCAUGGUGUGUUUUCAUCUAUUCGCACUGCUAACAAUACCAAGCAAAGUCUUAUGGUCGUCGUAUCAUCAUCAUUUUCUUCCAGUAUCAAGUGUGUCAUCCAGCAGCCCCCUCAGCAACACAAGGUAGCCCAGACCCAAGUCAAGAGAUCUUUCCGUAACUCAAUUCUAUCCCAGUCUCUCCAAUCGCAACUCUGUCCCCCCCCCGCUAGUCGUCCGAAC